AUGCGUAAUUAUGGGUUAUUGCAUUUUUUGUUAGUUUUAUUAUUGUUAAAUUUAAGCAUAAAAUCAAAAAUAUUAAACAGGAAUGAUCAUAUAAAAUAUAAUUCUAGCGUUAUGUACAUUAGAAGGAAAAAAAAAACGAUUGAGAAUGGUACGUUUUUAUUAAACAAAAAAAUUAGAAAUUUGAGGAACUAUGCAAAUGUGUACAAAAUAUAUAAUAAAACUCAAAAAAGAAAAAAAUUAAAAAAUUUGAUUAGUCCUUUGAAGAGGUUUAAUAGUGUACUCAGUUUUUUAGGUUGCCAUGUGUGUAAUAAAAUAUUUGAGGUGAACAAAAAAAAUAAAAAAGGAUACGAUAUUUUUUAUAAAAAGAGUAGGUUGAAUGUCGUAGGAAUAUGGAAAAAAGGGAAACGGAAUCCUUAUAAUAGGUGGUUAUAUUUAUAUAGAAGAAAUAUAGGUGUGUUGUCAAAUAUAAAAAAGAAAUAUACAUAUUACUUAGAUAGAAUAAAGAAUUAUAUAGAAGAAGAUAAUAUGUUAAAUUUUUUUUAUAUAUGUAAAAAUAUAUUGUGGAAAAAGAGUAUAUUUUUCUUAACCAUAUUUGUUAUGAUUAAUAGUGCUAUUAUUAGUAUAAUAAUUCCUCGAUAUGAUAAUAUAAUAUUCAGCGAAUUAAGUAACAGGAAAUUUGAUAGGUUUGGUUAUUUAUUAUGUAAUUGUAUAUUGAUACGUGUUUUAAAUAUAUUUUUUUGUGGUUUAAGAAAUUAUAUUUUUAUGAUAACAAGCUCAUAUUGUUUGAAGAGUGUAAAGAGUUUAUUAUUUCGAAUAUAUUUAAAUAAAGAUUAUGAAUAUUAUGAUAAGGUGGAUCAUACAAUUAUAAUAAAUAAGUUAACUUUAGAAGCACAUAAUUUUUCAGAUAUUAUACCAUAUUAUAUAAAUCCUCUUAUACGAAAUUUUUUUUCGAUUAUUUUAAAUUUUUCAUAUAUUUUUUAUUUAAAUAAAAAAUUGUCUUUGGUUAUAUUAUAUUGUUUUAUGAUUUCUUCAUUAUUAUCUAUGAUAUCAUCAAAAUUAAAGAAGUCAAGAUUAAAGAAGAUAAAUAGGGAAAAAAUACAAAAUACGAAAAUAUCUUUGGAAGCUUUAAAUAAUAUGAACAUAAUAAAAUUGUAUAGUACCGAAUUACAUGAAUGUAAUAAAUUUUUCAGUUCAUUGAAUAAUAUAUUAAAUUUAGAAAAAAAGAAAGAACAAUUUAAUUUACUACAUAUGAUUAUAAAUAAAUUUUUUGUAAUGAUGACAUAUAUCCUUAUAUUAUUAAAGGGAAAUGUCUUAUUAAAAAAUAAAGAAAUAGAUAAACAUAUAUUUACUUCUUUCUUUUUUUAUAUAAAUAAUAUUUAUUCAUAUAUAGAUAUAUUAGAUUAUUAUAUUGACAUAUGUGAUAUUGUAUCUCAGUAUAACGAUUUAAUAAAAAUGGUAAAGAAUUAUCAUAUAAGCGGCAGAUUUACGAGUAUAAAUGAAUAUGUAUAUGAUAACAUGAAUAUAGAGCAAAAUGAAAAAAUAUAUAAAGAAAUAAAUAUGGAACAUAAUAUAAAUGAUGUGAUGAAUAAUGGAACUAAUAAAUUACACAAGAAUAUUGUAAAAAGUGAAGAAAGGAUAAGCAAUUUUUCGAAUGGAUUAACAAAUGAUAGAAUAGAUUCUAUAGGUAAUAUACAACCUUGUAAUAAAGAAAAUAAUAAUUUACUACUUAAUUAUAAUAUAAUACAUAAUAAUAUGAAGAAUAUAUUACAUUUUAAUAGCAAUAUAAAUAAGAGAAAUGAUAAUUUGAUUCUUCAUUUUGAUAAUGUUUAUUUUAAAUAUGAUAGUAAUCCUCAUAAUUAUGUUUUAAAAAAUAUAAAUAUGAAAAUAUAUAAGAAUACGAACAAUGUUAUAAUAGGGAAAAGUGGUGGUGGGAAAUCAACCAUAUUAAAAUUAAUAUUAAAUAUGUAUAAAUGUACAAGAGGGAAGAUAUAUUUAUACAAUAAAUUAAUAAAUAAUUAUACAAGGCAUGAUAUAUUUAAUAAAAUUACUUAUGUAGAACAAGAUUCUAAAUUAUUGAAUGCAAGUAUAAAAGAUAAUUUAACAUAUGGAAUAAUAAAUAAUGAUUUUGAUAUGUUAGAUUUAGUAAAUAUAUCUAAAUGUUCGACAAGUCAUGACUUUAUAUGUAGAUUAAGAAAGAGAUAUGAAACGCUUAUAUCUCAUAAAACUGAAUUAUUAACAUCUUCUCAAAAACAAAAAAUAUGUAUAGCAAGGGCGUUAACAAGAUAUCCCAAGAUCCUUUUAUUGGAUGAAUCGACAUCAGCUAUCGAUAAAGAUAAUGAAAGGAUUAUUUUCGAGAAUAUAAGAAAAAAUUCAAUUUUUAAAGAUUUGUCAAUUAUAAGAAUUACACACAAAAAGGCGAAUUUAGAUAUAGCAGAUAAUGUGUUCCUCUUAAAGGAUGGUUAUUUAACGAGACAAAAAAAAUUCAGGAUAACAAAUAAGUAG